UGCGCUGCGCAGCGCGUCCUCCGGACUCCCUCCCGCCCCGGGCCGGCACUUUCCUUGUAAGUUGCAGCGCAAGUUUACCCGCGGCCGGCAACGGGGGCGUCGAGACUCUCCCUCGCCCUCGGCCGGCUGGGCUUCUCCGGAGCGUAUGGGCGCGGGUCAGGCGGGCCCGGGGGCCUGAGCGGCCGCGCCGCCUCUGCGCCCUGCGCCAUGGAGGGCGCCGAGCCCCGCGCGCGGCCGGAGCGCCUGGCGGAGGCCGAGGCUCGGGCGGCCGAUGGCGGGCGCCUGGUGGAGGUGCAGCUGAGCGGCGGCGCCCCUUGGGGCUUCACCCUGAAGGGCGGCCGGGAGCACGGCGAGCCGCUGGUCAUCACCAAGGUCGAAGAAGGGAGCAAAGCCGCGGCCGUGGACAAACUGCUGGCCGGAGAUGAGAUUGUGGGCAUCAAUGACGUCGGCCUGUCUGGAUUUAGGCAGGAGGCCAUCUGCCUGGUGAAGGGGUCGCAUAAGACCCUGAAGCUGGUGGUGAAAAGGAGGAAUGAGCUGAGCUGGAGGCCACACUCCUGGCAUGCCACCAAGUUCUCCGACAGCCACUCUGAGGCAGCUGCACCUCUGUUCCCCUGCCCCUCUCGGCCGAGCCGGUACCACGCCAGCUCCUCCUCCCAGGACCUGUCGGGCGGCGCCUGGGAGCCAGCGAACCUGCAGCGCACCUCCGACCACUUCAGCUCGCUGGGGAGUGUCGACAGCCUGGACCCGUCCUCCCAGCCCGACCCGUCGGGGCGCCUCUCGGCGGCCAAGUCCAGCAGCAGCAUCGACCGCUUGGGUGGCGCCAGCAAGCGGGACUCAGCUUACGGCUCAUUCUCCACCCGCUCCAGCACGCCAGACCACACCCUGCCCAAGGCGGACGCAUCCUCGGCCGAGAACAUCCUCUACAAAGUGGGCCUGUGGGAGGCCUCCGCUGCAGCAGACAGCCGGCCGGGCCCGACGGCCGGCGACCCUCAGCGUGCCGAGGAGCCCCUGGGGUGCUUCCCGUCCCGGGUCCCUGAGGACGGCCCCGAGCCCAAGCUAGCUGCUUGCGGGCGGUCCAGCUCAGGGCCUGUCUGGUAUGUUCCAGAUAAGAGACGAGCCCCUCCGUCCCCUCCCCCGCCGCCUCCCCCGCUCCGCCGAGACAGCUUCGCUGCCACCAGGAGCCACGAGCAGACCCAGGGCCCCACGUUCUCAGCAGACGCUGCCCCCGCACAGCCCUUGCCGGGCCUAAGCCGCGUGCAGCCCCACGGCGACGACUGGAAGAGACCUGAGCCUGCUGAUCAGCCGUCGAGGCCGGCCCGCGGGGGCGAAGGCUGGAGAGCCGCGAGCUCUUUGGGCUGCAUGCCCGGGGUGCACCUGGACUGCGGGGGGCCGGCCUGCGACAGCGGGGCUCGGGUCCUCCUGGGGGCCCCCAACCGGCUGCAGGCUUCUCUCUCCAGCACCGACGUGCGCCGCCCGCAGCCCUCGCCUGCGUGCCAACACCCGCGCCACUCCAGCGACGAGGGCCCCUUCCGCGAGGGCCCCAGGGCCGCCACGUGGCUUGGGGAGCCCUUCCCCGCUGACCGCCUCGCGGACGACAGCCCUGCUGCCGUUGUUGUCGGAGGGCCACGCGCUGCCGACCAGAGGGGCGACUCUGGCGCACAGAGCCGCUACUAUUGCGUGAUGUCCAGACCCGGUCCCCAGUGGGGCGCCCCGGCCCCCCAGCCCCGCUGCUACCCGUCCCGGCUGGAGGGCGCCCCGGGCGCACGGCAGAGAAGCAGGGCGGAGCCGGUGGACAGGGCACCGGAGGACCCACCAGGGGCCGGCCUCCUGGACAAACGCGAUAGGAAGAGGGUGGUGGGCAGCCUGGAAGACGGGGGCGGUGAGAUCUGCCCCCUGCAGACGCCCAUGCUGCACUCGCUGAGCCGGGAAGGGGCGUGCCGGCCUGAAACUGGCCACGAGGACGCGGCAGCAACGCUGCCCGAGGUCCCGGCAGCCAAGCCCCUCCGGAGGAGCGAUCGCUUCGCCACCACCCUGAGGAAUGAGAUCCAGCAGCGGCGAGCCAGGCUGCAGAAGAGCCGGAGCACGGCCACCUUGGCCAGCUCUGCGGAGGAGGAGGGGGAGGAGGAAGACGAUGUGGAGACGGAGGCGCGCGCCUCCGGGGCGCAGCCAGUGGCCGACCCGGAGACCGCCUUCCCCGGCGGCACCUAUAAGGACCACCUGAAGGAGGCGCAGGCCCGCGUCCUGAGGGCCACGUCGUUCCGGCGCCGCGACCUGGAGCCCAGCACAGCGGACCCGGAGCCAGCUCCCCGCGUCUGGGAGGGGGCCCCGGGUGCCGGGCCUCCCUCGCGCGCCCCCGGCAGCAGCGGCGCGCGCAUUGGAAGCCGGAGGCGCUUCACCGCCGAGCAGAAACUAAAGUCCUACUCAGAGCCCGAGAAGAUGAACACGGUGGGGCUGGCGGGGGACCAGCGCCCCGCACCCCCCGACGAGAACAUGCGCACCUUUGCCGACAGGUGGAAGUUUUUUGAGGAAACCAGCAAGCCCGUGGGCCCCCAGCCGGGGCCGAGGCCGGUGCCCUGUGGCUUCCCCAGGGAGAAGCCGGAGAUGCUGUGGACAGCAGGCCCUGGAAAAGAUGGAAAGGCAGGGAAACCCAUCCCGCCGCAGAGGCUGGGCACCUUUGCAGAGUAUCAAGCCUCCUGGAGGGAACAGAGGAAGGCGCCGGAAGCCAGGGGUGCCGGCAGGUACCACUCCGCCGACAACAUUCUCGACGUGGGUGUGGACCAGCAGGAGAGGCCGCAGUACGUCCACGAAAGGUCCCGGUCAUCGCCUUCCACGGAUCUCUACAAGCAGGACGCCUCCGUCGAAUCUCAACGGCAAGCGGGGGACCCGGGGGAGCACACGGAGCUUUCUUUGGUGGCACGGGCCAAGGACAGAGGCCCCACCCCAAGACAAGCAGAUGGUCAGCCUGGGGAGGACUGCCCAGGAGCACCGUGGGACCCCCGGCAAACCUCUGAACCCCCUGGCGCCCAGGAAGGGCCCGAGGUGUCCCGGGAGGCCCGCGGCCGGGCGGGCACCCUCCCUCGCGAUUAUCGGUACCUGGAGCCGCGCGCGCCUCUGGACCCCCCCGCCCGGGGGCAGGAGCCCCGGCCCCUGAGCGCCGCCCUGCAGAGGCCACCGCCGCCCAAGCGCGAGCUCCGGCCACCGCCGGGAGGCGCGCACAGCCGGCCCCGCACCUCGGUGGCCUCCUCCGAGGCAGUGGACACGCGGAGCGCGCGGCGCGCGGAGGAGCCUGCUGCCCGGCCCCGGCGGGAGGCGCCGCUCCCUGCCCCGUUCCGGCCCCUGCAGACCUCCGACAUGGACACCUCGCGCUCGCCGUCGCCUCAGUUUGCGCCACAGAAGCUGACAGACAAGCCCCCGCUGCUCAUCCAGGACGAGAAUGCCGCCAGAAUCGAGCGGGUGAUGGACAACAACACCACGGUAAAGAUGGUGCCCAUCAAGAUAGUGCACUCGGAGAGCCAGCCAGAGAAGGAGAGCCGCCAGGCGCUGGCCCGCGUCCCCGAGCCGCCUCCGCUGCCCCGGGGCCUUGAGCGGGACCAGAUCAAGACGCUCAGCACGUCCGAGCAGUCCUACUCGCGUUUCUGCCCCUACAGCCGCCAGGGCACCGAGCCCCAGCCCCCUGCCAGUGCCCCGGGGCCCCCUGCCAAGGACGACCACGCCUCCCCUCCCGCGCUCAGCUACCUGAAGGCCAAAGACAGGACCGCCGACGACCUCAAGUCAGAGGAGCUGGCCCGCGAGAUCGCGGGCAGGGAUAAGUCGCUGGCGGACAUCCUGGACCCAGGCGUGAGGAUGAGAACCACCAUGGACCUCAUGGAGGGCAUCUUCCCCAAAGAUGAGCACCUCCUGGAAGGCGUGCAGCAACGGAGGAAGCUGCUCCCCAAGGUGCCCUCGCCCAGGAUGGCGGAGGAGAGGAGGGAGGAGACCAGUGUGCUGGCGGCCGCACCCUUGGCCACCAACUCCGCCUACUACAGCACGUCGGCCCCCAAGGCGGAGCUGCUGAUAAAGAUGAAGGACCUGCAGGAGCAGCAGGAGCCAGAAGAGGACUCGGGCAGUGACUUGGACCACGACCUGUCAGUCAAAAAGCAGGAGCUCAUCGAGAGCCUCGGCCGCAAGCUGCAGGUGCUGCGGGAGGCGCGGGAGAGCCUGCUGGAGGACGUGCAGGCCAACAGUGCGCUGGGUGACGAGGUGGAGGCCCUGGUCAAGGCUGUGUGCAAGCCCAACGAGUUUGACAAGUUCCGCAUGUUCAUCGGGGACCUCGACAAGGUGGUGAACCUCCUGCUGUCGCUCUCCGGCCGCCUGGCCCGCGUAGAGAAUGCCCUCAACAACCUGGAUGACAGCACGCCUCCGGGCGAUCGGCAAUCCCUCCUCGAGAAGCAGCGAGUCCUGAUCCAGCAGCACGAGGACGCCAGGGAGCUGAAGGAGAACCUGGACCGCCGGGAGGGCAUCGUCUUCGACAUCCUGGCCAGCUACCUGGGCCCCGAGAGCCUGGCGGACUACGAGCACUUCGUCAAGAUGAAGUCGGCGCUCAUCAUCGAGCAGCGCGAGUUGGAAGACAAAAUACACCUGGGUGAGGAGCAGCUGAAGUGCCUAUUGGACAGCCUGCAGCCGGAGAGAGGCAAAUGAGGGCGCACCCAACCCCCACCCCACCCGGCCCUCCCCGGAGAAGGAGGACGACGCGGAUGGGGUUGGCGGAGUCAUCAGCUCCGGUCCUGUGGAUGCCGCUGAAAACCGUAGCCUGUAUUUACGUCCUAUCGCUGGGGGUCGGGGGAGGGGGGUGUCCUCUCACUGCCAGGUGGCGGUCAGCAAAGUAAUAACUUAUAUGUGUGCGUUUGGAAUGAGUUCUUUAAUUCUUAGGUUCCCUUUUGGAAUGCUGAGCAGAGCGGCUCCCCCCUCCCCUUUGCCGCGGUGGCCCGGCAGCGUCCCCACGUGGCGCCGGGGCUGGGGUGCGCCCUGCGCGCGUACGCACUGGGGUCACCCCCGUGGUCUCCACCGGCCUUGCGUGCAGACGCUGAACCCUGUCCUCCGCGCGGGCAGGAACGAUCGCGUCUCUAGAGAAGGUGCAUGUGGGUCGGGGGUGGGGAGUCGCCUGGUGCGUGAGCUGUCCGGUGGAUCGCGGGAGGCGCCGGGGCUGGGGUGUGCCCUGCGCACGUACGCACUGGGGUCACCCCCGUGGUCUCCACCAGCCUUGCGUGCGGACGCUGAACCCUGUCCUCCGCGCGGGCAGGAGCAAUCGCGUCUCUUAAGAAGGUGCAUGUGGGUCGGGGGUGGGGAGUCGCCUGGUGCACGAGCUGUCUCGUGGAUCGCGGGAGGCGCCGGGCGGCUGUGUUCGCCCGUGCGUCCGGAAGUGUUGCGCCAUUCGUUCUGUCUGUCCUCUAAGGAUGACCCCGACCCAGCAAAAAAAAAAAUCAUGAGGAUGAGUAUUAUUUAUUAAUGUGUUAGAAAGAGAAUAGUUAUCCAUGCGGUUUAAAGACCAGCGGUGAAAUGACGAGCUUUCAGCACGCUGGGUUCACUCAUGGUGAAAUCGCCACUUGCACAGUCUACAUGCUUUAAGGCGCAGGCAGAAGGGACAUACUGGUUUUUGUUCUUCUGGAAUGACACCCGCGUGCAAAUGGUAUUUUUCCUGCAAAGUGAGAUUACUUGGCUGAAAGUGUGUCUGGAAGAUAUGUGCUUGCGAGUUUUGUUUUGAUUUUUUCCUUAAGGCCCCUGAGAUAUUUUCCUCAUUUACUUUCCCCUCGGUGCUCCCCCCGCGCCGCCCCCCCCCCCAAGAACAUUUCUUUGGUGUGUAUAUGAUCGUGGAUUAUAAUUGGCAGCUCCUCUCUUUUUGCUUCUCUGGAUUAAUUAUUGGCAGUGUCAAGGCCGCCGCCUCCAAGAACCCAUGGUUCUGGCUUUCCAGAGGUCCAGGUGGACCAUACGACUCCCAGACCUUGUCUUUCUCCGCCACAGAGUUGACCACCAUCUGUUGCCCGUUUUGUCGUUUGAUAUUGCAAGGUGGUCGAGAGAGUCUGUUCACUAGAAAACACUGUCGGGCUGUUGUUUUCCAGUGGCUGAGUCACGACUAGAAGAUAUCUUGCAGAUCCCCUGUGCUGCAUUUGCAUCCAGAACGUAUAAAGAUCUUUCCAAGUUAACAGCAUGAAAACAGACAGCCCAGUUAAAACAUGAGCCAGAGACUUAAAUAGACAGUUCACCAAAGAGGCUAUAUGCAUGUCAGUGGGCAUAUAGGUGUUUAGCCCCUCGUGGCUUGGUUCUCACGGUCUGAUUUUUAACCUGAUCGUCUGUGUUCCGUCCCAGUUGGGUGAGAUGCCUGCAUAAUGGUGGGAUAAGCCCCAAGAUAACUUCAUGUCGGGGUGAUAUUCAGAGGUCAGAUCAUGUUACUCCUUGUUUCCUCUUAUGCCCGGGAAACGAGUUUUCUGACAGAUGGGGAGAUAGCCCUUUGUCACCGGUGACCGGCGCCUUACCAAAGACAGAAGCACACAAUGUCUUUAAUAUUAAAGGACACUACUCCACACCCACAGAGCCAGGAGGACAAGCUGGACUGGCCCCGGUGAUAUCUCCGCAGCCCUGGUGGGAACCGACCUGGCAGGCUUCAGUGAUGCCGGCAAUAAACAUUCCUUUGGCAGCCCACCCAUGCCAGAGAGAAGGGCCUUUUUCUGCACUUUCUAUUCUUCUUAAAUUAAGCUGUUCCUGACUUGAAAAACCCCUUUUCUGCCAGUGAAGCAUCGUCCUCCUCCCCACGUGCUACGGUCACUUGCUGUGAAAAUGGGUCACGGCGGAAAAGAUAAAGCUGGCUGUCCACGGAUCCCCCGCCCCGCCUUUCUCCCUUGGGGCGACAACCACAGUGAUGUCAGUGUGUUUUGAUUUUCAGAAAGCUUUUAUCUGUGAAUCUUGCCCUUCUCAUACAGUAUUGUGAUCAUUUUGAUGAUACGUCUGUAAAAUGUGAAAAUAGAGUUUAUGCCUGUAUCCAGCUUUUCGGUGUCUUUUGAGAACAUUGUCUUCUACACAGCAAUACACAGGGCUCUGGUAUCCUUUAAACGAAGCCCAUAGAAUCACAACGGUCCUGUCUGUUUCUCCAUCUGCCUCAUAAAUGUCUGGUUGGCGGGGACCCAAAGAUUGCAGUGAGUCAGUGUGCACAACUUUGUAUAUAACUAUAUUACUGCACAUACAAUCUGGUGCUAACCUUUCUCCUAUGGCAUUCCUGUGUGGUGGCUGAUGGCUCACCCCGGGUCAUCACUCAGCUGAGACGUGCUCUCUGUAUCUUGAGGUUGCAGUCAGGGGCCUUGCCGGAUACUUUGAUCAUGCCUUCCACCGUGGAAGAUUUGUACCGAUUUCAUGCUCAACACUUAACACUUACCUCUCAACAGAUCAUCCUGCUUGACCUUAAUAAAAUAAAUGAUAUCUUUCAGUGAA